CGGGGCCGUCCCAGAAGAUGGCGGAGGCGGGGGAUUUCUGGUAGGUCCUAUUUCAGGGCAAGAUGCGGUUCUGUUGAAACGCCAAUCUGCUUUGAUUCACAGACAAGUCGUUUCAGCUGGGAAGCCUUUUUUUUUUUUUGUCUGCUGGCCUACUGAACUUAUGAAACCAUGGCAGAAGGAGAGACAGAGUCACCUGGGCCCAAAAAGCAUGGUCCUUACAUCUCAUCUGUAACGAGCUGGAGUGUAAAUUUGAUGAUUCGAGGAGUAGUGCUGUUUUUUAUUGGAGUAUUUCUGGCAUUAGUGUUAAAUUUACUUCAGAUUCAGAGAAAUGUGACGCUUUUCCCACCUGAUGUGAUUGCAAGCAUCUUUUCUUCAGCAUGGUGGGUGCCACCGUGCUGUGGCACAGCUUCAGCGGUGAUUGGGUUAUUAUACCCCUGCAUUGACAGGCAUCUAGGAGAACCACAUAAAUUUAAAAGAGAGUGGUCCAGUGUAAUGCGGUGCGUAGCCGUCUUUGUUGGUAUAAAUCAUGCCAGCGCUAAAGUGGACUUUGAUAACAACAUACAGUUGUCUCUCACACUGGCUGCUCUCUCCAUUGGACUGUGGUGGACUUUUGAUAGAUCUCGAACUGGUUUUGGCCUUGGAGUAGGAAUUGCUUUCUUAGCAACCUUGGUCACUCAACUGCUCGUCUAUAAUGGUGUUUAUCAGUAUACUUCUCCAGAUUUUCUCUAUGUUCGCUCUUGGUUACCAUGCAUAUUUUUUGCUGGAGGCAUAACAAUGGGAAAUAUUGGUCGACAACUGGCAAUGUAUGAAUGUAAAGUGAUCGCAGAAAAAUCUCAUCAGGAAUGAAGAAGGCAAAAAUAUAUUUUUUGUAUAGAAAAACAAGAUGAAAAGGGCAUGUAAAUGAUAGAUAUACCAAUGAAACUACGGACUGUAAAAUUGCCAGGAUGCAGUUUUUACUGUGAUUGUUAUAUAUAUAUGUAUAUAUAUAUAUGUGUGUAUAUAUAUAUGUAUACAUAUAUAUAUACACACACACAUAUAUUCCUGCAAUCUGUGAUUGCUUCCUCUGUAAAUCAGCUACAAACCUUGUGUAUUUGACUUAAAUAACUGUAAGAUAUAUAUGCACUACAUUAAAAAUGUUGAUUAAUAGAUGAAAUUUUUAAAUUAAUUUUUUAAACAUACCAUAUAUUGUAUCACAAUGUUGAUGUGCCAAAAUAUUCUCUUACUGUCAUGCAGAGUAUAAGAAUGCUUUGAACAAUUAUAAACUUAGUAUAAUAAAACAAGGAGAAAGCCAAAAAACAAAUGGAAAACUGGUAUAUUCUCUUUCGCUUACUGUUGUUCCUGUUUAUUUUUCUAAUUACAGCAGUUUGAGUUAUGGGUGCCCUAAUGUGUAGUUACUUUCUACACAGUGGGGCAAAAGUAGUUUUAUAGUUGUUCAUAUGGAAAAUAACACAAUAGUUAAUAAAUAAUAAUACAAGAAUAAACUGUUUCACCUACAACUAUAAACCUACUUUUGCCCAACCCUAUAUUUUAAUGUUGUUUUGGAGAACUUUGGACGUUUUAAUAUAUAAUGAAGAUGAACUUCCUUAGAACAUUUUUCAAACCUGCAUUACUGGAGAGAGUCCAAAGAGUAAUUUUCUGUUUUGGCAGAUUUUACUGGAGGUAAAAGUGAUGAGCAGAAAAGGCUAUCAGCAUUAAAUUGUUUUUCCUCCAAAUCUAAGAGUAUAUGUAAUUAAAAGUAAAGGCCAUUGGGGAAUUUACGUAGAAUAAAUGUAUGUUAUAGAAAUACAAAAUGACCUUCUGCAAUGCCACAAAGUGUUGAGUAAUAUUAACUAUCAUUCACAAUAUAGAAUCCUGCUGCUUUUGCACAUGGAACACCUAAAAAAUCCCAAACAGAUUUAAUGAAGUUUCUAAUUCUAUUGGGUUCGUUCUUGGGUUCCAUAAUCUAUUGGGCUGUAUAAAAUAAACCCUUUCUUUGUGCUGGGUCAUUGUCAGAGGAAUGCCAUCUGGGGAAUGGAUGGGCACAUAAUUUCCUAUCUAUUCAUAUGCCCAUUAGUGAAUAGUUCAAACCUGUUUAAGAAUGUAUUGAGAUGGCAUAUUAUUCAUGUUAGAAAUCUUGAUAACAGUUUUGUGCAUAUUUUUUAACACAACUAGAGUCAUUUAAAUAUGGCUUGAAUAUAUUUUUAGUUAACUUUUCCCUCAAUUUUUAGUUUUGAAAUUGAUGGCAGUUUUCUGAUACAAUAAGGGUGAAUGAAAUCUUCUGCUUACUCUGUGUUUGUGUGUGUACGUAUGUGCUGAACUGAGUGAGAGAGAAUGUAUGUGUGUACGUAUAUGGAUGUGCAUGUGCCCAUGCUCUUUUGACAUGUUAACUAGAAAUUAAAAAAAAAAUUUUGGAUAUAAAACCAUUGCUGUCAGACUGAGAUCUUGUAUGCCAAAUUUUAAUAUGCUUUUUACAUUUUAAGGCUGAAAGUGUUAAAAUCCUAAGAGGAUUUGAUAUUGAAUAAAUGUAAACAAUCUUAACUAUAGUGGUGGUUAACAUACUACUAUAAUUUAUUAUUCUAUCUUCCAGAUAAUGUUAUUCAUUUAGAACAAAAGUAUAUUUUUAGAAUCAACUUUGUAAGCACUAUAAAUCUUUAAUAAGUUAUAAGGUCUAUUAUGUGUUUACUUUGAAUAUUGCUGUUAAAAGCAAGGUGUAUUAAAUACAUAAUUAUAUUCUUGGUUAAGAGUCUUUUUUUCUUUCUUGUGUUAACUCAUAGAAUAUUGUACUGAGGAUUAAUUUAAUAAAAUUAAGAUGUAUUGAUUUUACUAAGAUAUGAUGAAAGGAAAUUAAGUUUAGUUUUACAGUAAUUGAAUGAUGUCAUUUUGGGGGUUCUUAAAUUAUUUUCAAAUCAUCUAGAAAAUAUGAAAAGAUAUGACAAAAGUAAAAUUGAUUUGAAAUUUUGAUAAGUAUUUAGAUAUAGUACAUCUUUUUUUGGAAUAAAAGUAAGUAGUAAACAUCUUAACAUUGUUAUAUUUGCAGUGCUUUUUGUUUUUUUCUGUCAUCUACAUUUUUAUUUAGUGUAGUAUAUGGCAGGAUGUAAAUACAUAACAAUAUGCCUUUUCUUAUUAAGGGCAGGCUUUUGUAUAACUAAGAUUUGUGGCCAACAUUUUUUUUUAAAUUUCUUUAUUGAUUAAGGUAUCACAUAUUUGUCCUCAUGCCCCCAUUCCCAUCUCACACCCCUCCCCACACAUGCCCCAUCCCCCUGUUGUCCCCAACCGCUGGUUAGGCGCAUAUGCUUGCACACAAGUCCUUUGGUUGAUCUCUCCCCUUUACCCCCACCCUUCCCUACCCUCCCUCUGAGGCCCGACAGUCUGAUCCGUGCCUCCUUGUUUCUGGGUCUGUUCUUGUUCAUCAGUCUAUGUUGUUCAUUAUUUCCACUAGAUGAGUGAGAUCAUGUGCUAUUAGAAAUACACUUAUAAGAACCGAAAAUGAGACAAGCAAUAAUGGUUAUGGUGACAGGAAAUGAAUCAGUCUGUAGUGAGUUUCUUUCUGGGCCAACAGUUCUUUUGAGACCCAAUUACAAUGUCCAACAGUUCCUUAUGUGUACAUGUCAGCACUGACAUUACAGUUCUGGAUGGUGGACAAACGGUGGUAAUGCAGGUCCGACUCUCUCUGGUUUGGUCCUGGGCAACCUGCAGUGAUGCACAGCUGCUAACUGCUAGUAUGGGAAGACCACGUCAGCGUCUUCCAUCUCUGGACUGCUUCUCUUCUGUCUUCAUGGCUGGAGUAGUCCUGUCGAUUCCUCUCUGUUGCUGGAAUCCACAUGGUCUCGGAGUUGUUUUCUGAAAAUAAACAAACACAUU